CGGUGAAAUUGCAUGGAGUGUGUUCGACAUAAAACAGUGUUUUACCGGACCGUUUUAAUUAUGGCUUAUUCUAACGAAGCGUCUGUAGAUACGAGUGCGGUGGGGGUGACUGUAGUGUAAUGCUGUAGUGUGCGUUAAAUCGCGUUAGCAAAGUCCUGUGACGGGUACAUAAUUCCACUGUUAGGCCACUUUCAUAAACGACAGUUGCUGUAGAUUACACAUUUAUUUUUCCAUGACUAUUAUUUCCCACUUAAAAGUCAAACAGGCUGUUUGUUUUUUUAAGAUCGGAACCCUUGGUUGCAGUUCCUUGUUCCGGGGGGAUGUAAUUGAAGCUUGCACCCAAAGUAUCUGGAGGAGGUACAAUUCUGUAACCCUUAUGGAAGACAGAACAUGACUACUAAGCAAGUCACCUGCAGGUAUUUCUUGCAUGGCGUUUGCCGCGAGGGGACCCGAUGUAUGUUUUCGCACGAUUUGACUACAAGCAAACCCUCGACGAUCUGCAAGUUUUACCAAAAAGGGCAGUGUGCAUACGGAGAUCGCUGCAGGUAUGAUCAUAUUAAGACAGCUGCUGGAAGGGGGGCAGGUGCCCCCGGAGAUCUCACCGAGAAGAGCUGCAGUGGUCUGGCUGCAGUUGCAGGAGCCAUCCCCCCAGCAGGCUCUGGGAGACGUGGGAAAAGAUCCUUAGUCUUGAGAGACAGAGCUCUUUGCAGCACUUCAGAGGUAAGGAUGCCACAGCACAGAUCUGACGCCUCGGACAGCUCCAAGUUUGACUGCUGGGGUCACAGCGAUGAGGCCGUCAACCCCAAACCUCAUUCAUAUCUAGAGGCUAUCCAAAGUGGGCUGGAGAGUUCAGCAUCUGGGAGCUCGGUUACUGAUUCACAACAGCUGUGCCCUUAUGCAGCUGCUGGUCAGUGUCACUAUGGCAACAGUUGCACGUAUCUCCAUGGUGAUGUUUGUGACAUAUGUGGGCUUCAGGUGCUGCAUCCCAUGGACUCUGAACAGAGGAAAGCACAUGAGAAGCUGUGCAUGAUGGCGUUUGAGGUGGAUAUGGAGCGGGCUUUUGCGGCUCAGUUCAGCCAGGACAAGGUGUGCAGUAUCUGUAUGGAGGUGGUGUACGAGAAGGCGGUGCCCUCGGAGAAACGCUUCGGGAUCCUUUCCAGUUGCAAUCACACCUACUGUCUGAGCUGCAUCAGGCAGUGGCGCUGUGCCAAGCAGUUCGAGAACAAGAUCAUCAAGUCAUGCCCAGAAUGCCGUGUGGUGUCGGAGUUUGUUAUUCCUAGCUCGUACUGGGUGGAAGACCAGGAUGAGAAGAACAGGCUUAUUGAAGAGUUCAAAGCUGGAGUGAGCAAAAAGCCUUGUAAAUACUUUGAGCAGGGAAGAGGGACUUGUCCAUUUGGUGGGAAGUGCCUUUACAUGCACGCAUACCCGGAUGGCACACGUGCUGAGCCUGACAAGCCCCGCAAGCAGCUGAGCUCCGAGGGCAACGUUCGGUUUCUCAACGCCGUGCGGCUGUGGGAUUUCAUCGAGGAGCGGGAGCAGCGGGGGGCGAGGCAGCCCGACGACGAGGCGGUGGCGGAGCUGGGGGAGCUCUUCCUCCAGCUGUCUGGGGCCGACGGGGAGGGCGGCGCCCCCGCCUCGCAGUGAGGGCCGGCCCGGCUCCACUCCCAACAGCCCCGGUGCUCUGCUCAGUGGACUGGAGGAGGGAGCUCCCUGGCUAACAGCUGUCAGACCCAUCUUCGUGUUUUUCCCCCCCCCCGCAGUGGUGGUUUACUUCAGGCCACAACAACAUAUCAAAAUUCGGCCUCAACUUGGGGGCAAUAAAAUGUAUUCUCCUGGGAGCCAGCAGGUGGCUGGGAGUUAUCGUGUACGGUA